GAACCCAAGCAGUAUUCUAUCUCUUGCCAAAAUUGCAUCACCCGAAACUGAGCUCACUAUUUACACGGAGCCACACAUGGACUUGAAGCCGUUGCAGGACAAACACCUAGAGCUCUGGGUGAUUGUUGAACCCACAUCUCAGGAAGACUUCGUUGCUCUGCCAUCGUCUGUCCACUUAUGUCUUCGCCUGAAGCCUGUCGCUCGAAACCAGCAAGAGAGUUUGACUCGCACCAUACUUGGCCUGGCCCCUGCUGACAACAGGUUUCAGAGGCUGGAGGUACGCGACUGCGAGUUGACUGAAGCGCAGCUGCUGAAGACGCUUGAGGAGCUACAACGCGUGGGCCUCAGGACGCUCUUCAAGGGCAGGAAAAUCCAUGCGGGGCCCAGCCGAGUGCUGACAAUUCGAGAGAAGAAUUUUGUGCUGAUUCUCACUGAUGAGCCGCCGCUGCCACCUCAGGCAGAACCCUGCAGGUCUGUCGCCGCAACGCUUCUCAAGUCACCCGCCAGUCUCCCCGUUGCCCCCGCCGUCGGUGGAGAGAACCCCUGUCUGCUGGCCUCGUCAUGCGGGGACCUGGACGCCGUGUACAGGAGUCUGUACGCCCUGAACGUUGUGCUGCCGCACGCGUUGCGCUUUGUAAUGCAGAAAGAAUUCGCAGGCAAACGUCCACAAGACACGUACGCGGAGCAUUUGUUAUCAAAUAGCCAGCCUGUCCAUCGCCAAUGGUUGGUUUCCAGAGUAAAAAAAUCUCUUGCGAGCGAGGCUUUUGCCAAACGUGAAUUUGAGGAGAUUGAUUUACGUCCAUUCGACUCCUUGCCGCUAAUACAGCUCAUAUCUGAACUUCUAGAUAUGAGGUCAAAUCGAAUCUUCAAUGAAUUUAAAGGCGAAAGAAAUUAUAGGAACAUGAUCGCCAUUAUGGAGAAAGUUCAGAAAGCCAGAGUUGAUGUGUACUCGAGCCUGAUUGAUGAAUCUAAACUUGUCACGUGCCCUACAGGCGUCAUUAACUUUGUCUUUGAGUUGAUCAGCGAGGCUGCUAACCUGCACCAAGUGUCUGAAGCUGAAACGGAGCAGGUAAAAGAAGCUUGUCAAUCACUCUGUGAUAUGUACAAGUCUGAUGUGCGCGUCGAUGAUGACGCCUUUGCGGCAUUCCGCGUACUAAUUGAGAGUAGAAAGAGAAUGACCGGCCUUGCUUCCAAAAUUAAAUUCGAUGGUCGAGAUAUCUGGUCGUACAAAUCCCCAGAACGUUGGACCGAACGAUUCCAGUGUUCAAGUUACACGUAUUUUGAUCCAACUACACACGAUUUCUAUCGAAACCAACUCUGGGAGCUCAUCUAUGGUGGAAAGAAGGGCGUUUUCAUCUACUUCAAAUGCCGGGAUAGGGAAAUUAACAGUUUUCGUUUCUAUAUCGAGCAAAACUUCACUGAGUCUUGCAAACAAAUUGGAGCUGACAACGUUGAAUACGUUUUAACAAAAUUACAACCUCUGAUCCUCGUCGAUGGCUAUGACGAAGCCAACGCAAUGUCCUGCGUUGUCGUGGAAGAAAUUAUUAACAAAUUCUGCAAAUUUCCAGGCGUGGUUGUCAUAACAACCCGGCCAGACACUGCUUUCCAGAAAAGAAAACUCUUAAGAGAAGCCUGGAAAACAGAAACACAUAUUCUACCUUUCAGGUUAAAAUAUCUUGAGAAGACAGAACUCUGGACAAACCCAGAUAAUCGCUAUGCUCUUCGCCGGGAUACCCCUGUAACCGUUCCUUUGCAAUCUGACCCAAUCCAAUUUAGCAUAGAUUUUACGAGGUGAAGUGGCUCGCCUCUCUCACCUUUAAGGCAUGUCAGGCGUACAUCGGCCACUUGCUAUAUAUAGGCCGCUAACUAGGAGUUCAUUGUAGAAGUCACUUGUCCAAUAGGCCGAAGUACCAAAUGAUAACCGACAUGAGCUGCUGGUCAGUCUGCCCCCAUGAUAGCCCUGAUGAGGCUAUCAUGGAGGCAGCCACCACUACGAUGUAGUUAACAAGUGCCUUUAUAUGCGAUAAUACAUAUAAGAAAUAUGUCUUUUUUAAUAAUAAUUCCGUUCUAUACCGAGAUGUUCAAUAUAUUGUUACCAAUGUUGGCUAGUUACAAUAAUGUGGGGAAGAACCGUAAUAUUUUAUAGAAUGAUAAAAACAGUCUUGAUUUAUUGUAAUAACGAUUUUAAUUUACGAUAAAUCAGUAUUUUGCUUAUACAUAAUGCAUUUGAAAGCAGCCAAUAUUAAUGUGGUUAACAGCUGCUUUAAUUCACUGCAAUCAAAAUGUGGGUAAAAACUUGCAUCAUUCUUAAUAAUGUUUUAAACUGCCUAUAUAUUUUAAUACCCUUAAGAAUGGCCUCGAUAUAUUUGUAUGUAGUAUAUUGAACAUAUUAUAAUUUAUUAGUAAAUAAAAUAAAACUUCACUAUUCUUAUGUAGUUCUGAACAGCCUUAAUUUAAUGGAAAGCAUUGUUGAGCUGACUUAAGUCAAAAGAAUGCUGAUCAAAAC